AUGGAGGGUGCUUUUACUCACCUAGGAAACCACCUUGUUUCCGACUCGGCUGCGGCUAUCAAAGCCGGGGGCUCUGACGAGCUGUCUAACCUCGAUCCGGACGAGCACCUUCUUUAUGGCGUGCAUGGCGGACGGGGCGGUGGUGCUCGCACCGGUCUGAGUAGUGCCAGGCGCCGCCAGGACGACGACGACAACGAUACCGAAGUCCUGGAUGACGAUGACGACGAGAGCCUGGCUAGUGUCCCGGUUGAGGGCAUGAAGGGACUCAAGCUUAAGAAGGAGGAGGAGAAAGAACUGCCCCCUCAUGCUUGCGCAUACUGCGGUAUCCACUCUCCUGCCAGCGUCGUGAAGUGUCUCACUUGCGAAAAGUGGUUCUGCAGUGCCCGUGGCAAUUCCAGCUCUUCGCAUAUUAUCAACCACUUGGUGCGCGCCCGCCACAAGGAAGUCCAGCUCCACCCACAGUCGUCCCUGGGUGACACGAUUCUCGAAUGCUACAACUGCGGUACCAAGAAUGUCUUCCUCCUCGGUUUCAUUCCUGCCAAGUCCGAUACCGUGGUUGUGCUCCUGUGUCGUCAACCUUGCGCUGCGAGCACAUCGGCCAAGGACAUGAGCUGGGAUGUUUCGAGAUGGCAGCCCCUUAUUGAGGACCGAUCCUUCCUCCCCUGGCUUGUCCAGCCCCCUACCGACGCCGAGCAACUUCGGGCACGUCACCUUACCCCUCCGAUGAUUGCAAAGCUCGAGGAAAUGUGGAAAGAGAGUCCCAAUGCGACCGUCGCUGAUUUGGAAAAGAAUAAUGGCGUCGAUGACGAACCGCAUCCGGUGCUGCUCAAGUACGAGGACCCGUAUCACUACCAAAAUAUCUUUGGCCCGCUCGUCAAGAUGGAGUCCGACUAUGACAGGAAGCUGAAGGAGGCUCAGUCGGAGGACAAUCUCCAGGUUCGCUGGGAUAUGGGCCUGAACAACAAGCACUUGGUCAGCUUUAUCCUUCCGAAGAUUGAGUCCGGAGACGUCAAGCUCGCCGUUGGCGACGAGAUGCGUCUCAAGUACAAGGGCGACCUCCGUCCCUACUGGGAGGGCGUGGGCUACGUUAUCAAGAUCCCUAACAACCAGUCCGACGAGGUCACUCUCGAAUUACGCAAGUCACCGAACGACAAGUCUGUGCCAACCGACGUUACGACCUGCUUCUCGGCCGACUAUGUCUGGAAGGCCACCUCAUAUGACCGCAUGCAGGCUGCAAUGAAGACCUUUGCCGUCGACGAAAUGAGCGUUUCAGGCUACAUUUUCCACAAGCUUCUCGGCCACGAAGUGGCAGUCGCUCCUAUGAAGACACAGCUGCCUAAGAAGUUCCAUGUGCCUGGCCUUCCGGAGCUGAACCACAGUCAGAUUACAGCCAUCAAGACGGUGCUCUCAACUCCGCUGAGCCUAAUCCAAGGUCCUCCGGGCACGGGAAAGACAGUUACCUCGGCCACCAUUAUCUAUCAUUUGUGCAAGAUGAACAACAGCCAAGUGCUGGUCUGCGCACCAUCCAACGUUGCCGUUGACCAGCUUUGCGAGCGUAUCCAUCGUACCGGCCUGAAAGUCGUCCGUCUGACGGCCAAGUCUCGAGAGGAUGUUGAGUCGUCGGUGAAGUUCCUGGCAUUGCAUGAACAAGUGCGUAUGCACACUGGCAACCCGGAUCUCCGCAAGCUUGCGCAGUUGAAGGCCGAAGUUGGCGAACUGUCGUCACAGGAUGAGAAGAAGCUCAAGCAGUUGACGCGCCAAGCUGAACGGGAGAUCCUUGCCAAUGCGGACGUUGUGUGCUGUACCUGCGUCGGCGCUGGCGACCCGCGCCUGGCCAAGAUGAAAUUCCGGAACGUACUGAUCGACGAAUCUACGCAGUCGGCUGAGCCUGAGUGCAUGAUUCCUCUUGUCUUGGGUUGCAAGCAGGCAGUUUUGGUCGGCGAUCACAAGCAGCUCGGCCCCGUCAUCAUGAACAAGAAGGCCGCCAAGGCUGGCCUGAACCAGUCUCUCUUCGAGCGCUUGGUAAAGCUCAACCUGACGCCGAUCCGCUUGAACGUCCAGUACCGAAUGCACCCAUGCUUGUCCGAAUUCCCUUCGAACAUGUUCUAUGAGGGUUCUCUCCAGAACGGCGUUACCCAUGCGGAGCGCAUCCGUAAGGAUGUCGACUUCCCCUGGCCGGUCGCCGAUAUGCCCAUGAUGUUUUGGUCAAAUCUGGGAAGUGAGGAGAUUUCGGCUUCGGGUACGUCGUAUCUGAAUCGUACUGAAGCGGCGAAUGUCGAGAAGGUUGUAACCCGCUUCUUCAAGGCGGGCGUCAAGCCUAGCGACAUCGGUGUGAUCACGCCGUAUGAGGGCCAGCGUAGCUACAUCGUUAGCACCAUGCAGAAUACGGGCACCUUUAAGAAGGAGUGGUAUAAGGAGGUCGAGGUUGCCUCUGUGGAUGCCUUCCAGGGCCGUGAGAAGGACUACAUCGUGCUUUCUUGCGUCCGGUCAAACGACAAUCAGGGCAUCGGUUUCCUCUCGGAUCCCCGCCGUCUCAACGUCGCGCUCACUCGCGCCAAGUAUGGUCUGGUCAUCAUCGGCAAUCCCAAGGUGCUUGCCAAGCACGAGCUCUGGCAUCAUCUUCUCGUGCACUUCAAAGACCGUAAGUGCCUGGUUGAAGGCCCGCUCAACAACUUGCAGACAUCACUGCUACAGUUCCCUAAACCCAAGACGGCCUAUCGCCAGCCCCGCUGGCAGCAACAGCAACAACAGCAGCAGCACGUUGCCGGUGGUUAUCCCAAUGGUCGUUAUGGAGGCAUGAACGGUUCUGUCCGUGACUACGAAACUGGCUCAAUGGUCUCGUAUAUCCCUGAUGACGUCUCUUCCAUCCACAGCUCUGCCCUCGGCGGCGUCGGCCUUAGCUCGGCCUACCCACACAUUUUCUCCAACUUCCAUCCUGACCAGUGGCCCGGUCUUCCCGGCGUCCACGCGGGCGGCCGUCCUGGCACCAAAGGCCGUGGCCGCGGCGCAGAGAGUGUGGCUGGCGAGAGUGUCGCCCCUAGCGAAUACACAGAUGCCGGCGCCAGCGUUAUCGGCGGUAAGGGCGUCGGCCAGGGCGGUGCUAGCUUAGGUGCCGGUCUUACUGAGACGGUACACACAGCUCGCCCUGCUUCAUACAGCCAGAGCGAUCGGCUGAAGCAGUAUGUUGAGACGGGCGGUCGUAUGGGUGUUGGCAAUGGGUAUGGUCGGCGGUAUGAUGACGAUGAGAAAAGUGUCAGCACCGCAUUUGCGAGCCAGAUCGGCUCGGGGUUUGACUGA